GUUUUUCUUCCCUCUCAAAACCCAACUCCCCCUUUUGACUUCCACGAGCUUUUGUGCUAUGAGUUGAGUUGAGUCGAGUCAAAUCGAGUUGGGUUUUUCUCCAUUAACAUGGAUUCACUACUUCUUCAGGUAAAUGGAAGAUUUUUCCCUUCACCACCACAGUUUCAGCCUUAUUUUCUUGCUGCACAGCCUCCUCCUUUAGCACAAUCCAGUGGGUUCAACUUAGAAAACAAGGUGAGUCCAAGUGUACUUCUCAUCAUAAUCAUUCUCGCUAUCGUCUUCUUUGUCUCUGGUUUGCUUCAUCUUCUUGUUAGAUUUCUAUGGACUCCCCCAUUACAUAGAGACCCUGAAAGUUCUGACAAUGUCACUGCUUUUCAAGGCCAAUUACAGCAGCUCUUUCAUCUCCAUGACUCUGGAGUAGACCAAUCCUUCAUUGAUACACUUCCUGUUUUCCAUUACAAAGCCAUUAUUGGAUCCAAAUCCCCAUUUGACUGUGCUGUUUGUCUCUGUGAGUUUGAGCCGGAGGAUAAACUCAGGCUAUUGCCAAAAUGCAGCCAUGCUUUUCAUACAGAAUGUAUUGAUACUUGGCUGUUGUCUCACUCAACUUGCCCUUUGUGUAGAUCUAGUUUGUUACCUGAUCAUUUCUCCCCACAUACUACUUGUUCACCAAUUGUUCUUGUUCUUGAAUCUGGGAGUGAGAGUUCUAGAGAUAUCGUAUCAGAUAGGGAGAUUACAAAUCAUACAAACCAGAUUCCAGGGUCAAAUUCCCGAAUGGGUUUUGUUGGAGAUGGGGAAUUCGAAGGUGGGUCGAGCGAGAUUACGAAAUUAGAGGAUUCAAAUGCGACUGUAGUGACUGUGAAGCUUGGAAAAUACAAAAAUGUCGAUGCAGGGGAAAGUGGAAGUAGUGAGAACAAGAAUGUGGAUUCUCGCAGAUGCUUUUCAAUGGGAUCUUUUGAAUACGUAAUGGAUGAGAAUUCUUCAGUAAAAGUAGCGAUUAGAAGCACCCCAGUGAAGAAACAAGCAAGCAGGAAGCCAGCUCUGCCAUUAACACCUGGUUACAGAGCAGCCAUGUCCGAAUACGACUGUGAAUCCAGAAGAGAGUUUAAACUCAAUGGGAUUGAACCUCUGAAAACAGAGGAGAAUGGUAAUAGCAAUAGCAAUAACAACAAAAUAGAGAGUUUCUCAGUAUCGAAGAUUUGGUUAAGAGGGAAAAAUCCAAAGGAAUCGCUCACAGAUUCUUCAAGAAGAAGAACAGUUUCGUUUCGAUUACCGAUUGAGAUGAACUCGGAAAUGAACGUUUGCAGGUGGGAAAACGAAUCUAUGGAGUUGGAUGAAGAAAAUCAGAGCCGUAACAGUUUGGAAUCACAAUACAAUCAAUCUUUAGCGAAGAGGACGUUACAAUGGCUAAUGGGAGGAAAAUUAAACAAGGUUACUCACUUCGAAUCAACAUCACCACCAUCACCAUCACCACCACCUUCAUCUUCUGUUUCAAAUAUUUAAUUCUUCGGUGUUUAAAUUUUUAGAUCUAUGUAGAAUAAUAGAAAAUAGAAAUAAUGGAUUAAAGAAAAGAAAUUUUUAGUUGCAGUUGUGUAUUGAUGAUUACUGAAGUGGGGAUGCAUGAAGAGAUAGAGUGAUGAAUUGAAAUUGAGGGAACCAAAAAGAAAAACCAAGAAAAGAAGGUAAUAAAUAGGUAAUGGGAAUUUAAAAUUCAAAAUGAAUAGGGGAAGGAGAUAGUUGAGGAGUGUGUGAGUGAUGUAUGCAUUUAAUGGGUUACAGAUUUUGAUCUUAUUCAUUUAAUGGUUUUUGGGGCUCUAAAAUGAUAAUAAAUGAGUGAAGGCGAUGAUGUUAUUAA